UAGAUGCGCGACAGAAGACGGUGGAAAAAAAAAGUCGAUCGCGUCUCGAUAGAACAGGCCGCUAAAAAGCCAUCGCGACAGCCCAAGACACGACAACGACUAUAAUCACCACACGACCGCGGCAGUAAUAAUGGAGUCUACGGAGGCGAAGACCCGCGAGGCCCGCAGGCUAUGGCGGGCGUGGCGGACAGCUCACGAGAUGCUCCAGGACCGGGGCUACGAGCUGUCGCAGGAAGAGGUCAACAUCUCGCUCGAUCGCUUUCUCCAACAGUACACCGACGGCGCCGGCAAUGUGGACGCCUCGAAACUGAAGUUCUCGGCCCAUCCCUCCGAGGCCAUGAUCAAGAAGCACACGCCUCCGCCGACAGAGCAGAGGCCAGACCCGGUGCCCGAGUGCGGCACGGUCUGGGUCGAGUUCAUGGGGGACGCGUCGGACAAGUCGCUGGGCAUCCAGGCCAUCCGCAGCUUCAUCCAGUACACGGUCGAGCACAACUUUCACACGGGCAUCAUGAUCACCAAGUCGCCCAUCUCGUCCGGGUCGCGCAAGCUGAUCGGGGCGUCGGCCAACUACGCGACGAUCGAGGCGUUCAUGCUUGAUGACAUGCUCGUCAACAUCACCCACCACGAGCUCGUGCCCAAACACGUCCUGCUCAGCAAGAUCGAGAAGGCGGCGCUGCUCGAGCGGUACAGGCUCAAGGAGACACAGCUGCCACGCAUCCAGGUCAAGGACCCUGUCGCCCGCUACCUGGGCUUGAAGCGCGGCAACGUGGUCAAGAUUAUACGCAGCAGUGAGACGGCCGGCCGGUAUGCCAGUUACCGCCUGACGGUCUGAUGUCGGGGAGGCCAUCUCUAGUAUUGCCUUUGCAUUCCCGAGGCGCCAGGGUGUUUUUUUGCGUACCUGAUCUCUUGUUUCCCCCUGACUUCUCUUUCCAUCAUUUUGCAUCUAGACCCCUUUCAAGUUUUUUUUGGGCUGUAGUAGGCGUUGACCCGGGGGGACGUUUGGCUUUAUUCGCAUCGGCGUUCGUCACCAAAAAAGGAGGUAAUGGAUGUCGUCAUGUCCGAGCUUGUUAGAUUGAGAUACCAAGUUUGCAUCGGCCGCAGCCGACAGCACAGCGUAUAAUUCAGGAACUUGAUGGCCCCCUGAAGAUAUGGUGCUUUUUUUUAUGGGCCAGCAUCAGGCAGACAGGUCCGAGAUGAGGCACUCUCUCGCAGCCGGGCACCAACUGAAAAAAAAAAUCCGAACCGCAAAAAAGGGGCUCUCAUUUCAAAGUCAAUUAACACCACCAAAAAAAAAAAAAAAAAAUAAUUUAUUUGCAAAUUAAUGGGCAGUCA